UCAAUAUUCUUUAAUUAAACAUAUAUUUUUUAUUUCAUAGAUAAAUGGACUCUCAAAGAAGCUAUAUCCACUUCAAUCAACCAAGAAUCGUAGAUUAUAUUGAAAAAUGGUGUGCAGAUAAGCUUCCAGAUGAUGAUAUUAUUGUAGCACCUCAACAUCAACCACCUCAUCCUGAUGAUGAUGAUGUCCCAAAUCAACAAACAAUGAAUGGUAUUCUUAGAGCACAAAAAUUAUCAGAACCAAUUUGGAGAGAUCUUGGAUUACAAGAGUUAAUGACAAAAGGUCCAUCGGAGGAGCUACAAAACCAUAUUGAACAGAGGUUAAAAGAAAUACAACAGAAUUUUCAACCACAAUCACUAGAUAGAUAGAAUUUAUGUUAGUUUUAGUAAUGUUAAAAAGAAGAAAUAAUGCAAUU